GCGUUGAGAGAGAGAGAGAGAGAUGGAUUUGUUACCGGCGGAGUCGUUACAGAUCGCGAAGAAACAUAGGUUUAGGUCACUGAAACUAGUAAAUGUUAACAUGGACGAUGUUUUAUCGGAAAAGCCGUUCGGAGUGGACUAUGGUCGACUUGAAAAUGGACUAUGCUACUAUGUCCGAUGCAAUUCCAAGCCCAAAAUGAGAGCUGCUCUUGCACUUGCUGUCAAAGCUGGCUCAGUUUUGGAAGAGGAGGAAGAGCGUGGAGUUGCACACAUAGUUGAGCAUCUUGCUUUCAGUGCCACUAAAAAAUACACUAAUCAUGAUAUUAUCAAGUUUCUUGAAAGUAUUGGGGCAGAGUUUGGUGCCUGCCAGAAUGCAGUGACAUCUGCUGAUGAAACUGUUUAUGAAUUGUUUGUUCCUGUUGACAAACCUGAACUAUUAUCUCAGGCUAUUUCGGUCUUGGCAGAAUUCAGUUCAGAGGUUCGAGUGUCGGCCACUGAUUUAGAAAAAGAAAGAGGAGCUGUUUUGGAAGAGUAUCGUGGGAACCGAAAUGCUAAUGGGAGAAUGCAGGAUGCUCAUUGGGUUCUCAUGAUGGAAGAUUCAAAGUAUGCUGAGCGUUUACCCAUUGGAUUGGAGAAGGUAAUCCGGACGGCUUCUUCUGAAACUGUGAAGCAAUUUUAUAGGAAAUGGUACCAUUUACAAAAUAUGGCUGUGAUAGCAGUUGGAGAUUUUCCAGAUACCCAGAGUGUUGUAGAGUUGAUAAGGAAUCACUUCGGAAAUAAAAUUUCUGCGCCUGAUCCUCCAUUUAUACCAAAAUUUUUGGUUCCAUCUCAUGAGGAGCCACGUUUUUCAUGCUUUGUAGAGUCUGAAGCUGCUGGGUCGGCUGUGAUGAUCAGUUGUAAGAUGCCAGUAAAUGAGCUAAAGACUGUGAAGGAUUACAGGAAUUUACUUGCAGAAUCCAUGUUCUUUCAUGCUUUAAACCAGAGAUUCUUUAAAAUUUCUCGUAAGAGGGAUCCACCACACUUCUCAUGUUCAGCUGCUGCAGAUGUCCUUGUUCGUCCAGUAAAGGCUUAUAUAAUGACUUCGUCUUGUAAAGAGAAGGGGACUAUUGAGGCCUUGGAAUCGAUGCUAACUGAGGUUGCAAGGGUUCGAAUACAUGGGUUUUCUGAACGUGAAAUAUCUGUUGUCCGAGCUUUGAUGAUGUCAGAGAUUGAAUCUGCCUAUUUGGAGCGUGAUCAAAUGCAAUCAACCAGCUUACGAGAUGAAUAUUUGCAACAUUUUCUCCAAAAUGAACCUGUUGUAGGGAUCGAGUAUGAAGCUCAACUCCAAAAAACUAUUCUACCCUAUAUAUUGACAUCCGAAGUAUCCAAAUAUUCAGAAAAGUUUCAAACAUCAUCGAACUGUGUUAUAAAGACAAUUGAGCCUGAAGCUACUGCAACAUUGGAUGAUCUGAAAGCUGUUGUGCUGAGGAUCAAUUCUUUAGAGGAAGAGAAAAACAUUUCUCCUUGGGACGAAGAACACAUCCCCGAAGAAAUCGUUAGUGCUAAGCCAAAUCCAGGGACAAUAGUGCAGCAGGUUGAAUAUUCCAAUAUUGGGGCUACUGAGUUGAUUCUAUCAAAUGGCAUGCGAGUUUGCUACAAAUGUACAGACUUCUUUGAUGACCAGUGCUCUGGUGCCGCUAUUUUUGCUUCAAGCAUGGAAUUGAAAUCCAUAGGGUUCCAUGAGGAUAUGGUUCUUUUCACAGGGUUCGCUUAUGGGGGUUUAUCUGAACUCCCAGAAAGCGAGUAUUUUUCAUGUUCAAUGGGUUCAACCAUUGCUGGAGAAAUUGGUGUAUUUGGUUAUAGACCAUCAGUGCUAAUGGAUAUGCUUGCUGGUAAAAGAGCUGAAAUUGGCACAUCGCUUGGAGCAUAUAUGAGAACCUUUUCUGGUGAUUGUUCUCCUUCAGACUUGGAAACUGCAUUGCAGCUAGUCUAUCAACUCUUCACGACUAAGGUAGAACCAGGGGAUGAAGAUGUAAAAAUAGUGAUGCAAAUGGCAGAAGAAGCAGUGCGUGCUCAAGAGAGAGAUCCUUACACUGCAUUUGCCAACCGUGUGAGGGAGCUUAAUUAUGGGAACUCCUAUUUUUUCAGGCCAAUUAAGAUUAAUGACCUUCGAAAAGUUGAUCCAUUUAAAGCUUGUGAAUAUUUUAACAGUUGUUUUAAGGACCCCUCAACUUUUACUGUUGUGAUUGUUGGGAAUCUUGAUCCUGCUAUUGCAUGUCCUUUGAUACAGCAGUAUUUGGGUGGAAUACCACGACUCCCUGAACCCAUUUUACAUUUCAACCGUGAUGACCUGAAAGGCUUACCAUUCACUUUUCCUGCAACCAUAAUUAGAGAUGUUGUUCGCAGCCCCAUGGUGGAGGCACAGUGCUCAGUUCAGCUUUGUUUUCCUGUUGAGCUGAAGAAUGAAAUCAUGAUGGAGGAUGUUCACUUUGUUGGGUUUUUGAGCAAGCUACUGGAAACAAAGAUGAUGUAUGUUCUUCGCUUCAAGCAUGGACAGAUUUACUCUGCUGGCGUUUCUGUGUUCCUUGGUGGUAAUAAACCCUCCAGAGUUGGUAAUGUUCGUGGUGAUAUUAGUGUAAAUUUUUCGUGUGAUCCAGACAUCUCCUCCUCACUGGUUGAUCUUGCUUUGGAUGAAAUAUUACGUCUUCAGGAGGAAGGACCUUCAGAUGAGGAUGUUUCAACCAUCCUUGAAAUUGAGCAAAGGGCCCAUGAAACUGGAAUCCAGGAGAAUUACUAUUGGCUUGAUAGGAUAUUACGCUGCUACCAGUCAAGGAUCUAUUCUGGUGAUGUUGGCACUUCUUUUGAGGUUCAAGACGAGGGCCGUUCCAGAGCUAGAAAAACUUUGACACCAUUAUCAGCUCAGUUAGCAUUACAGAGAAUACUGCCUUUUCCUUGCAACAAACAGUACACAGUAGUGAUUCUAAUGCCUCAGGCAUCUCGUUUCAAGUUGCUGAAGUUAUUUUUCCACUCUGUACUAAACCAUUAUGGUAGAGAUGCAAAGUUCCAAUGCUGCAGAUUUUAGCAAGCAUUGGUGCCUUGACUGCCUUGGCUAUCAUUUUACGGAGAUAUUCACAUAGUUCAUUGCAAUCUUAGAGUACAUUUAAAACUUUUGGAUCGCAUACUUCGAAGAAUAGUGGAUUCUACCAGUGGGUCAGGAAUGGAUGAUUUUUUCAUUUCUGAAAGAUGGAAGGUAAACACUACAUACAUGUGAGCUCAAUCCCUGGAAGCACAAUAUCCCAGUCGGGGGAUUAGAAGGGAAAUCACUUCAAAUCCAUUCAUAUACCCAAUGGAAGCCACUCUGAACAGAUGCUCAAUUAUGAUCAUGACAAACUAUGAAAUACUCGUCAUUUUUUAGAGUCAAAAUACUCGGAUUGGAUGGCCAGUAAUGUAUGGACCAGCAUUUGUUGUAUUACAACAGCUUAUUCAAAAUGAAACCAUCUACAAGAAGUCUUUUGUAUUCUUUCACAGCAUUAGAUAUCUGUCUUUAUCCUUUGUAACAAAGAGCAAUUUUACUGUUUCCUCUGUUUGUUGAUUCAGUGUGAUGUGUGUCUGUGUGAUGAAAUAGAGUCAUGUCUGUAGGAUAAUCUUGCUGAGAUUGUUGCAUAGAUUUGCUAACAUCUUUUCUGGGCAAACACUUACGGACUUGGUGAUUGCCUUACGAAUACUGCUUAUGUUCCUUUUUUUUUGUUG